AUGCCGGCUGGUGCAGAGGAGGGAGGCGCCAAGAGGGGGGGAGGAGGGGCUGCGGCGGCGGGAGGGCCUCCCCGCCUUCCCAAGGGCCCCCCCCCACGGCAGGGGGCCCAGGGGAGCCCUGCUCUGCUCCCGAGCCCACCGCCCUCCUCGGACGCAGCAGCCUGCCCCCCCCCACCCCCGGUGGCUUGUGGAGCGCGGGCGGGGCAGCCGCUCUGCAGCAGAGGCCAGCCACUCCCGCCGCCGCCGCCGCCGCCGCCUCUUCCAGGAAAAGGCCGGGCGGGCCGGGGCAGAGGGAGCCCUGCAGCAGCCUGCCCAGCCCUGCCGCAGGGCAGCGGUGGGGGGGGCGCUCCUGGCGGCGUGCCCGGCUCCUACCUGCUCCCCUGGAGGGGAUGGCCAGCGGGGAGUUCCGCAGCCUCCCGGAGGGCGAAGCAGGCGGUGGGAGACUUCCGCUGGCUGCAGCCCGGAGACAGGAAGCGGGCGGCGGCGGCGGCGGAGGCGGCCGGCGGGACCCCAGCCCCUGGAAGGAAGCGGCUGGGAGCCCAGCGGAGGGAGGCGGCCUGGCUGCGCCGCGCUUCCUCGGGAGGGAGCCCCACCACGGCCUGCUCCCGGUCCCGUCCGCCGCUCCCCGCGGGCGGCGCCGGGGAUCCGCCAGGGAGCCCUCGUCCGAGUCUGACCGAAGGCGAAGCAGCGCAGCAGCCCCCGCCCCCCCGCGGCCGGAGCUUGGGGCUGGCUGCGGCUGGAGGAGAGUCGCGAGGAGCAGCCCCCGGGCGGAGACGCCCCCAGCAGCCGCUCCGAAGAAGAGGCUCUCCCGGGGCGCCACUCUAA